GCGCUGGGGCCAGCCACCGCCGGGAUUAGGCUGCUCUAACAGUCUGGCUGACACUCUGUGCAGGAAUAAAGUCCCGCUGUCUGGAAGCGGCACACAUGAACGUGCUUCGCAGCCCUCCAGAAGGAGCCCUAGAACUGAAAGAACAACCACCGGGACUUUGAGCAUUUCAGAAUUAUGAAAAUUUAAAAUAACCUUUGAAAACACACAAUUUAAGAAAAUAGCAAAGCUCUUGGGCUUUUUUUUUUUUUCUUUCUUUUCUUGAAAAACUACAAGUAUUUUAGUUACUAUGUCUGUUCGGGAGCCAUAUGGAAAAAUCAGUUCUGUCCUGUUAAACUGGUCGCACAGUUUCGGUUUUCAUCUGUCUACAGAGAUCUGAAAAGUCUAUGGUGUUUUAUUUUAGGAUUUUUGGCAAAGCAAGUGGUCUGGGGAUCAUUUGGCCAGGAACACAAUAGAUCUUCUAUGAAGCACAGAACAACCCAGAUUCCACUGUCAAAGUACUGAAGAUGUCCUUGUUCUGGUUUUAUCUGCCUCUCCAUCUUCUCCUGGCAGCUUGCUGGUGUCAUUCCAUAAAAGCACCCAACACCAGCUCCCAACAGAACUUCAAGACCGAUCUCUUCAAUUUCUACCACUCCCUGAUACUUGCUGAUGGUAAGGAAACUACAGUUCACCUGCUGAAAGAUAUACCGAAAAGAUACUACUUUAUUUUGGAGGAAGGCAGAGCCCUUUCACCUUUCACAAUAACAGUGACCCCCUGUGACGUUCCCAUCGAAUGGAACAUACUUGUGCACAAGACUUCAGCAAGUUUCCCUGGAAAAGCAGCGCGAGGUGAUCACGAUACACGAGACAUCUCAAAAUCCCAGAGGUCUCCAAGCAUGGUGUCCACCAUUUUUAGCUACAAGGGAAAUUCUGUAGAGACUUACAUGGGUGUGUCUUCUCAUUCUGCCCUUUAUAUGCUGGAGUUCUUAUCCACCGAGCGAGACACACACAUUACUGUGUACUUAGCGACAGACACAACAUCUGGGCACCUCUAUCCAGAGCUUCCAAUGGAUCCACGCAUAGAUGUCAUUGGCAUUGGGCAUACAACAGUGACUCUGACCUGGAAACACAGUCCCUCUGUCUUGCAACAUAGAGAAAACAUCCAGUACUGUCUUCUAGUUAAUGAAAAACACAACUAUAAGAGCUUAUGUGCUGCUGAGACAGCAAUCAGGUCCUCUGGGAUGAAACUGCCACCUACGUUGGCUUUGUCUCUCUCUCCGUACCUGCUCGAACCGCAGCAGGUGAUGAUAUUGUCCAACAGCGAAUUGAGCAUCAUCAACAAAGUGAGUAGUGGGGAGGUCAGGCAGACGUGCGUGGGUGCCAAGAACACUUACACAGUGCCCAGUCUCAGUCCCAGCACUCAGUAUUACUUUGAUGUUUUUGUUGUCAACCUCCUCACAAAUGCCAGUGCUGCUUACACCGGGGCAUUUGCAAGAACCCUGGAAGAACCUGAACCUAAGGUGAUGGAGCUGAAAGAUGGGAAAGUGAUUCAGGUUGUCCUGGAUGGGAAAAAAAAGAAAUUCUACAGCCUGCAGUACCAGGCAAGGCACAAGAAAAUACAAUUCACCUUUCAGUUGUGUCGUGGCCAAGUACGGGUUCACAUAACGAAGAACAGUAAAAUAGUGGCAUCAGAAAAUAUCUCAGGGCUGAGGUAUUUCUCACUGAAGGGAAAGCUACUGGACACAUAUUUGGUGCAGCUGAGGUCAACAGAGGAAUCUAACUCUUCUGUGAAAGUACAGGCAUCCCCCCAUUUCCACAAGCCCUUAUUCCCGCUUCUUCCAGAGAGCUUAAAAAUCAAGUCCUUCAGUAAACUGAGGACCUGCAACUCUGUCACCAUUGCCUGGCUAGGAACACAAGAGGAGAGCAAGUACUGUGUGUACAAGAAAACAAUCGAAGAAGAUCAGAUCUGGAUGGAACUGCAGAGUGCGGACAGGUGCUCCGGACCCGAAUCCCGGCACAAGUCAGAGAAAGUGCUGUGCAAGUAUUUCUACGAUACGAAUCUCCAGCGAGCCGUCACCACAGAGACCAUUACAGGGCUGGAUGUGGGCACUCUUUACUUGUUUGAUGUUUAUCUCUUCGGGCCAUCUGGCAUCUCUGUCAGAUAUCACAGCAAAGUUGUGAAGACCAGAAAAAAAUGUUGAAGGUUUUUGAAGCCAUGUUUUGAAGUGAAUGAAGACUAUUAUGGCCGUAGCCCAUCCAGUUUAAAAUAUGCUGACACAUAAAAAAAAGGUAAAGCCGUGAGAUGGUGCGGAGGCAACAUCUUAGUUGUCAUUAUGCUCACUUUUGCAUCUUCUCUCCUGUAUAAGGUGUUUUUUUCCCCUCAGCUGUCUCAUUCAGACAUCAAAAACAGACCUGUGAAACAAAUCCAUGCCUGUGGACAUAAAUAUCCACAACGGCACCCACGAGAAAUAGAUUGGUUACCUAAAAUGCUUCUGAAAUCCGGUACAGAAAUGUCAUGAAACGCCUCUCAAGAAGCACACGUGAUUAUUUUAAAGUCCCAAAGAGUUUUCCACUUUGUGUAACUCCAUCAGCUAAUGAGGAACUGAGAGACCCCACAAGUCAAGCUGCUCCUGAGAAACUGAACUUCCCUGCCGCUUGAAUAGGGACAGAGACAAAAUGAAAUUUUAAAGAGCAGUGGAACUGGUGUAACGCACCACACCUCGAGUAAAGCAGCCUGAAAUACAUCUUCCCCUAUCAUCUGCAUGUUUGCUUGGCUUUCAUUUCUAUAGAGAAACUGUGCUUGGUUAGAAACAGGCAAAAUUCAGGCCAGGAACUGGAUUUUCUGGGGAGUACGCAAAGACACUGCUGUACUUCUGCCGCUGAGGAAAGCGGCAAGUAAGGAAUCUUGCCAUGGAAAGGAGGAUUUUAUCUAUAAUCUCCGAUAUCAAGUCCAUGUCUAUCACUGUGUGACUCCUAAGCGGAACACGCUCACUCUUAACGUCCUUAGCCCAGACUAUAUCAAUGAACACAUUGCUAUAGGAAAAAUUUAAUGUGGUUUACCCAUUAGAUAUCAUGGAGGGAAAAUAUUUGUAGUAAAAAUCCUGACAAACACUU